CUAGAGCUCAAACUGUUGGAGUUCCGAGUGGCUAAGGCUCUGGAGAGUACUGAGACAUCUGUGUUUAAAUGGAAUCUCUGUGCCAAGGCAUGGUGGCAUACACCUAUAGUCCCAGCACUUGAGAGGCUGAGGUAGGAGGACUGCUGCAAGUUUGAGAGGUCAUCCUGGGCUAUAUGGUGAGUCCAAGACCAGCUUUAACUAAUGGUGAGCCCGAGUUCAAAAAAAGGGAUCGCUGCUACUCCCUCUCAUUAAGUUACCAGAGGCUCUGCCUGCCUUCCUGGUUGAAAGAGCAGGACUCCACUUCUGGCAUGCCUCCCAGCCCGGCCUUAAGUUGCCUGGCAACAGUUCCGCGUCUCAGACUGAGGAGACACUAUGGCAGCAGCCAAGAGGGUUGUGGUGUACCGGAAUGGGGACCCCUUCUCCCCAGGCCACCAGCUGGUGGUAACCCAACGCCGUUUCCCCACCAUGGAGGCCUUCCUUUAUGAGGUGACGUCAGCUGUGGAGGCCCCGCUGGCCGUACGUGCCCUCUACACACCUUGUGAUGGCCACCCUGUCACUGACCUGGCAGACCUGCAGAAUGGAGGGCAGUAUGUGGCUGCUGGCUUUGAACGAUUCCACAAACUCCACUAUUUACCCCCUAGAGGGAAGGAUCCAGGUGAGAAGAGCAACAGACUACAAGACUCUUCCAUGACUCACCAACGUGAUGGGACCCUUGGACAGUGGCUACCUGCAGGUGCCCCCUGCUAUAUCUAUGUGUUCCGGAAUGGGGACCUGCUAAGUCCCCCAUUCAGUCUGAAACUGUCCCAGGCUGCUACUCAGGACUGGGAAACCAUGUUGAAACUCCUGAGUGAGAAAGUCAAGUUGCAGAGUGGGGCUGUGCACAAACUCUGCACCCUGGAGGGGCUCCCACUGUCAGCAGGAGAGGCUCUGGUGAGUGGCCAUUACUAUGUGGCUGUUGGAGAGGAUGACUUCAAAGCCCUCCCCUAUCUGGAGCUGCUGGUACCCAGCCCCUCCCUGCCCAGGGGCUGUUGGUACCCCCCAGACCGGAAACACAAACCUGGAGGGCAGGGGGCCCAGGACCACAUGGCACAGGCAAGCCAGCCCUCUCCAAAGGAGCCAGAACAAAAUGCGCCAUCGGCUUUGUAUGCCAGACCCCAGCAGGGCAUUCAGACAAGAAGCAAGCUCCCCACUCUGUCACUUCCAUCAGGCAAGGGGCUCUGGGGCCAUGGCCUCUCAGGAGGUAAGGCAGCAUCCCGGGCUCGCCAUCCAAGGAAGGAGAUGGCAGGAGCCCAGGAAGUGGCAGACAGUGAAGACACCCGGAAAGAGGAGCCCUUGGAUGAGAGGGCAGCACAGACAGCAGAAGAGGCCAUGCCCUCGGAACACCAGCCUGAGGCUGGGGCUAGGGCUACAUCCUCAGCCUUAAUCUCUGCUCCACCAUCUUGAGAGCUGAAAGUGCCAGUCAGAAACCAGGGCUCCACUAGGUAACCAAAUUUUGUCCUCAGCAUCUAGCAGCCUGUUCUCGAGGAGUCACGCUUCCCCUGGGCUCACAAGGGAUGUGGCCACCUCAGCCCCUCCCCAUCCUUCUGCUCCUGAGCCCACAGCCCAGAUCUCCCUUCCUCUCAGCACAGCAGCCUGAGCUGUAAAGGCUUUCCUAAUGGGAUUCUCUGGGCACAGGAAGUAGUAGUUGAAUGAGCUUGGUAGAGAGGCCAAGCUAUAUGAUACUGGGUUUGUCAAAAUUAAAAAAAAAAAAAA